AAGGAAUAUACCAAACAUAUAACAGAAAUCCAUCCUGACUAAUACAAACAUUUAAACAUGUCAGAUAGCACAGAAAGUUCUGCAUACUUCUACAGGAUCAUAACUUUAGUUGUGGGUGUAGGAACUGUCACUUUGCGGGAUUUAUUUUACUCCAUAUGUCCAAAAGCAGACGUGGUUACACUUUUCGCCAGUUCCCAAAUAUCGUCUGAAUUUACUAGGCUCAAAUCAAAGAAGAUUCUUACCGGUGUACAGUAUCAACAUGUGACUGUUAAUCCAGACCCAGACACAUAUGAUAUCUCUCUGCUAAUUACACUCUUGACAAAUAAGGAGAUUUGUGGAAUUACUAAACCUGCAAAUGGAUGGGGACAGUUUCCACCAGAUACAGAUUUGUCGUUGGGGGCAGACCUUCUGCGGGCAAGAGAUAUUAGAAAUGAAAUUGUAGGACAUCCACCAAAUGCGCAGAUAGAACAAAAAGAAUUUCAAGGAUUAUGGGGCAAAAUUGAGACUGUACUGGUCAGGAUUGCUAGCCAUGUUGGCUCUACAGAGGAAGCCAAAAUCAAACAAAUGAUCGAAGAGGCUAAGACACGAGUGCUUGAGCCAUUAAAUGACAGGGAGGAGAAAUUGUUGCAAGUAUUUCUUGAAAGGCAAAAAGAGGAUUCAGAACAGUACCAGGCACAGCUGACUGGUUUGCAGAAAUCCCUUGCUGAUCUUCACUUGAAGGUCGAUGCGACAGAUGCUUCCCGAUCGGAUGACAAACUUACCUUACUGCAGUCUCAAGUUGAGAGUAUUGCUAAGAAUAUUGGCAACAUGGCCCAACAAGGAGCAGUUCAGGAGGUAAAUAUGUCUUCUGGUGUUUUUGUUGCAUUAUGUAAGAUCUUUAGCUGA